CGACUAGCUCUAGUUCACUUAGGACUUGUGGCACAUUCAAAUUAGUCUCCUUCACGUUGGUUGGUUAUGCCUAAAAAUAAGGGAAAGGGAGGAAAGAAUCGGCGUCGAGGGAAGAACGAGAAUGAAAGUCAGAAACGCGACUUGAUAUACAAAGAGGCUGGUCAAGAAUAUGCAAAAGUUGAACGCCUUUUAGGCAAUGGUCGAUUAGAAGCUUAUUGUUUCGACGGUGUUAAAAGGCUGUGCCAUAUUCGUGGAAAGUUGCGCAAAAAAGUUUGGAUCAGUAAUGGUGAUAUCAUUUUAAUUGGUUUGCGAGAUUAUCAAGACAAUAAAGCUGAUGUGAUUAUGAAGUAUUUGAACGAUGAAGCUAGAACUCUUAAAUCAUUAGGAGAGAUUCCUGACACUAUAAAAUUAGAAGAGAAUGAUGAUAUUGAAUUCGAUGCCAAUGCUGCCAUCUUCGAGGAUGAUGAAGAUGAUGAAAAAGGAUCAGACUCUGAAGAUGAGGAAGGCUCAGAUGAUGAUGAUGAUAAUAGUGAUGAUUCUGAUGAGAUUGCAGAAAUCAAUCAACGUUAUCGAGCUGAUACUGGCAUCGCUAAAGAUCAGCGAAAUAAUCGUCGAAGAUAGUUGGUGUUGGUGCUUCUUUUUAAUUGUGGUUUUCUCGUUAAGAUUAUUCGACCGCAUGUUGCUGGUUAUUACUUUCGUUUUCGACGGACUGAUUGUCCAAACCCUUCCUCUUAUGCAGAUACUGUAAAUCACUUAUUGUAUGGCAUUGAUAUAAAAUAAACAUCAAAAAUUUCUCAAUCAAUGGUGACCGUAUUACAUCAAAUACAAUAGUAUCGUCCUUAUUUUUUUUAACAUGGUGUCUUUGUGUAAUUAACAUCCUCAACACUGUAUGAAGUUAUAUUCACUAAUAAGGUCUCAUUAUUUCAGACUUAAUUUAUUAGACCCUGAAUUAAUGGUUCCUCUUGAUGUUCUCCCCUUCUCUCUGCUUAUUUUUCUCAAAAUGUUCAUUUUCUUUUAGUCGUGAUCUUUUCAAAGUAAUAAAUCUGUUGGUCAGUUAGA